CAGAGUGCAUUGGGCACGUCAGCCACACAGAAGCUGAUUGAAUACUAUUUAUAAAUCGAAAAGGGAUUUUGGAUUCCAUCGAUUAAUAUAUUCAAUAGUUUCUGCCAUUACCGGAAUUUUUGGUUGUGUUGAUAUAGUGUGGAUAGGUUAACGCGAACUAAGAAUGGUUCAUACAGUGAAGUAGUUUGAGAUUAAUGACGUAGAAACAGAAUGAAGGGAAAAAAAACAAAUUCAAAAUUGAAAGAACAACAAUAAACUUGGGGUCAUGUGAAAUUCUAUACAUAAACGCACUUUUUGUAAAAGAGAAAACAAGGAUUCGUAGAUUAGGUAUAAUCCAUCGUUGACUACAAUAUUCCAUUGUUAUCUGGAGAUAAAAAAAAAUGGUGCAUUAGCCUUUCGGCAUUGACCUUUCGCCAUCCGUGCUGGCCUACCGACCAACGACUUAGCAGCACCACUUUUCUCAUUAGUGCAGUUUCAGUGAGAGCUGCAACUUCUACGCGGAUUUCUCGCACUUGUGGAACCAUCGCCAGUAAUUACUUUCGCUAAACUUCGACAUGUGGGUUAACAUUAUUUUCGUUCUGACGGUUGCGCAUUUCGCGGUAGCGGCGGACAAGCUGGACUUGUCAUGGAGCGGUUUGACCAAGGAGAAGUUCUUCAGGGACAGCAACGGGUCGGUAUCGAGCCGGGUUGAAAAGGCAACGGAGCUCAACCUGCGGGGUAAUUUCUUCGACAGUUUUUCCGACUGUGCGGCGUACCUGGAUAAGCUUGAGAUCUUGGACCUCUCGCAGAACAACCUGCAGCGUUUCUUUUUCAAAUGUAAUACCGAGAACAAUCUAGCCAGUCUGAACGUCAGCCACAACAAAUUGCCGUAUCUAAACGACACCGCGCUGACCACACAAAUAUCAAAACUGCAAGUGCUCGACCUUUCCUACAACGUCCUGCAGCACAUCACGCAUUGGACAUUCGAGCACAUGAAGGCGCUACACGUGCUCAAACUCAACGAAAACCCGCUAAAUAACAACAUAGACAAAGAUGCGUUCAAAAAUCUUGUUUCGCUGGUUGAUCUCGACCUGACCAACGUCUCGUGUUCAUAUUUUCCCGCGGGUUUGUUUACUCCGUUGGUAAGUCUAAGGCAUCUCAGCCUGAGCUCGAACCCUAUCAAGCAGUUGCCUGAGUUACCGACCGCUAUACAAGUCCUGGACAUAUCGCGAACGAACAUAAUCAGUCUGGGUCAAAUCGCCGUGUCGCAUCUGAGGAUCCUGAGGAUGAACGACAUGCCUAGAUUCGAGUGCCUGAACCUGACUGACCUCGCGAACCUAAGGAACCUCACCGUUUUAUCGGCGGAUAACUGCCCCAAUUUGACCAGCCUCGCGGUCCAGCCACCCAGCGAAGACCUGCUGCCGCAACUGCACCGGCUCUCCGUAAGAAACUGUUCGAUCGUCAGAGCGGGUCGUGAACUACUGCCGGUGAUACAGCGCGUAUCGGACCUCGACCUGCAGCUGAACCCAUGGCAAUGCGACUGCGGAACGCAGUGGAUAGUCUCGGUUGAUUCGACGAGGAAUUACUCGGACGAAAUGAGGUGCAAGUCGCCCCCCGAGAUGCGAGAGAAACUCCUUUUCGAAGCGCUCGACAGCGAUCAGUACGACUGCAGCUACUACAAGCAUUACCUCGCUCUCUGGAUAGCGCUUGGAUUUCCUUUACUUGCCGGCAUUGGCGCGGCAAUUUAUUUCAUCGUCAGGCAGGCCUUCGGCCCGAGGGGAUUCAGACGCGCAGUCACAGUAUCUUACAGGAUUAUGAUCACGAAGUCCGAGGCCGAGGACAAGAUCCUCCAGCACAGCGACAUUACCGACUACCCUUAGAGGCACCCUGUGUCACCGGCUGCCGACCGACAGGCGCGAACCGACGAGGACGGCUGGAACGAGAAUCGCGGGACGCCCAAAGCGAUUUUAUUAUCACUCGUGACGGGGUUAAAAGUCAUUCUUUCCAAUGUGUUGAUACGCUUUAUCUUCGAGGUUAAUUAAAAAACGCGAUUAUGAAUAGUCAAACAAUUAUUUAAGUGUAAUAUAUUACCGUGUAUCAGUUUAUACGGGAAAAACAAUAUUUACUACUGUAGAAAUUUAUCAAAAACGUUAAUUGCACAUGUAUCUUUUCCAUAUCUUUCUCCCUAACCGUUGUUGAGUUGUGAGACGUCAAUAUAUCUUUUCCUCUUAUUCUUUAUCACUCUCUUGGGCAAUGAAGUUCAAUUUUUUAUUCCAAAAAUGAAACUGGUCGAUGGAAAAAAAGAUAAUUGUUAUUAUUAUUAUAUUAAACGAAUUGUAGAAGAAUAUUUUGUAAAAGGAUAAAAAAUAAUUUUACGCAUAGACUUUUAACCCUUCUGUUAAGAAUGGUAUUCGAUGAAUUAAAAGCAUCGGAUUCUCUUGCUUUCUUUUCACGCUAUAAAUAAUUCCACCGAGUGAGCCACUUGAUAUUGAAUGAUAGCAGCUUAUUAAUUCUGUACAUUGUAGAUAAUAAAUAAGAAACCACCGUUGGGCAGA